AUGAAGGUUCUUCAAUCUGGUCUAUCGCAACUACAGAAAUCUUUAAUAUCAAUACGUGGUCCCGACGCCACCAAAUUCCUCAAUGGAUUACUAACAUCACGAUUACUUCCGCAAAUCGUCAAAAAGAAACAACACACAAUCAGUGCAAGUGAAUCGAAACAUGCUGAUCUUGCGUCUGUCAUUGAUUCCAUGACCAAUUAUGGGUUGAUGCAUGAAGAUAUUUAUGAUCCUGAUUACAACAUUUAUGUCACUCGUGAGGGGAUCAAUUCAAUGAUUUUAAACUCAAAGGGGAGAGUCGUUACUGAUUGUUUUUUGUAUUGUGAUCCAUUCCAUAACGUUGCACAUGAGUUUGAUGAAGAAAUGCGUGAACCGGGGUUUUUGUUGGAAGUGGAUACAGUCAAUUGUAGCAAGUUGAUGAUGAUGUUGAAAUUACACAAAUUGAGUGCAAAUGUCGACAUUGUUGCAAAGAAGUCGUUGAAUUCGUAUUAUUAUUACAACGACUCGGUUGAAUUCGAUUCGUGGUUGGAAAUGGUUCAACAGCAAUAUUUCCGUACGAUGGACCCUAUAAAUGCUUUACAAAAUGCCAAUUCAUUUAUCAAAAAUCAAGUCAUUUUUCAACAAGAUUUUGCUUCAAAAGUGUUGGGGUUUGCCAUUGAUAAUAGGAUACCCAAUUUUGGAUUCAAAUUUGUUACUAAUGAGUUUAUUGAUGAAUCAUCCAUAGAUGAUGUGUUUUCUUCUCAAUUCACUCAACAGUUUGCAAUACCAUCGCUAAUAUCGGAAUCCAACGUUACUGAUCGUCGCUUCUACAAUGGCAUAUUUGAGACAGCUGAUGCAUCUAAUGGAGAAUCGCUCCUACCAUUUGAGUGUAAUUUGGACUAUACUAAUGGAUUGUCUUUGGAUAAAGGAUGUUAUGUGGGGCAAGAAUUGACGAUAAGAACGUACAAUAAUGGAAUCAUCCGUAAACGAAUUCAUCCAGUACAGUUUUUCACCAUUGAUGAUGAUACAAUUGACAAUAUAAACCAAGCUAAUAUAGAUGAUGAUGUUGAAGUUGCAUUUGCUUCUAGUUUAGAUGUGGAUAAAGUGCCGUCUUCGUCAUUGAGCAAGUUGGAAAUGUCGCUCAUGAUUGAGGAAGAGCACAAGGAAGAUGGAGAUGCUAAUGCACAAGCUGCUGGAGGUGCCUCUCCAUUCGGCUCGUCCUCGAAACCAGUACGUAAACGGAAAAGCUCUAGUGGGAAAGUGUUGGCAGUCAGAGGUGAUGUGGGGCUUUGUUUACUAAGUAUGUCUGAGGUGGCAAAAUCACCAUUCUUCAAACUUGAGAUACCCUCGUUUGAAGAUGGAAAGAAAAUAGUUGGAGCUAGAGCAAUCAUACCCGAUUGGUGGCCAGAGUAG